AACAACCCCAUGAACCACGAGAACCACCAUAUGAACCACCAUAUGAACCAAGAGAACCACAUGAACCACCAUAUGAACCAAGAGAAUCACGUGAACCAAGACAACCACAUGAGGCAAGAGAACCACAUGGGCCAAGAGAACCACCAUAUGAACCAAGAGAACCACAUGAACCACCAUAUGAACCAAGAGAAUCACGUGAACCAAGACAACCACAUGAGGCAAGAGAACCACAUGGGCCAAGAGAACCACCAUAUGAACCAAGAGAACCACAUGAACCACCAUAUGAACCAAGAGAAUCACGUGAACCAAGACAACCACAUGAGGCAAGAGAACCACAUGGGCCAAGAGAACCACCAUAUGAACCAAGAGAACCACAUGAGCCAAGAGAACCACGUGAACAAAGAAAACCACCAUAUGAACCAAGAGAACCACAUGAACCAAGAGAACCACCACAUGAACAAAGAGAACCAUGUGAACCAAGAGAACCACAUGAACCAAGAGAACCACAUGAAUCAAGAGAACCACAUCAGCCAAGAGAACCACAUCAGCCAAGAGAACCACAUGAACCAAGAGAACCACAUGAACCAAGAGAACCACCACAUGAACAAAGAGAACCAUGUGAACCAAGAGAACCACAUGAACCAAGAGAACCACAUGAAUCAAGAGAACCACAUCAGCCAAGAGAACCACAUCAGCCAAGAGAACCACAUCAGCAAAGAGAACCACAUCAGCCAAGAGAACCACAUGAACCAAAUGAACCAAGAGAACCACAUGAGCCAAGAGAACCACAUGAGCCAAGAGAACCACAUGAACCAAAAGAACCACAUGAACCAAGAGAACCACAUGAGCCAAGAGAACCACAUGAACCAAGAGAAUCACAUGAACCAAGAGAACCACAUGAACCAAGAGAACCACAUGAGCCAAGAGAACCACAUGAAUCAAGAGAACCACAUGAGCCAAGAGAACCACAUGAGCCAAGAGAACCACAUGAACCAAGAGAACCACAUGAACCAAGAGAACCACAUGAACCAAGAGAACCACAUGAAUCAAGAGAACCACAUGAACCAAGAGAACCACAUGAGCCAAGAGAACCACAUGAACCAAGAGAACCACAUGAACCAAGAGAACCACAUGAACCAAGAGAACCACAUGAGCCAAGAGAACCACAUGAGCCAAGAGAACCACAUGAAUCAAGAGAACCACAUGAGCCAAGAGAACCACAUGAACCAAAAGAACCACAUGAACCAAGAGAACCACAUGAGCCAAGAGAACCACAUGAACCAAGAGAACCACAUGAACCAAGAGAACCACAUGAACCAAGAGAACCACAUGAGCCAAGAGAACCACAUGAACCAAGAGAACCACAUGAGCCAAGAGAACCACAUGAGCCAAGAGAACCACAUGAACCAAAAGAACCACAUGAACCAAGAGAACCACAUGAGCCAAGAGAACCACAUGAGCCAAGAGAACCACAUGAACCAAGAGAACCACAUGAACCAAGAGAACCACAUGAACCAAGAGAACCACAUGAAUCAAGAGAACCACAUGAAUCAAGAGAACCACAUGAACAAAGAGAACCACAUGAACCAAGAGAACCACAUGAGCCAAGAGAACCACAUGAACCAUGA